AUGUCUUUCACAACGCUGCCGUGUGAGCUCGUAGCAUCCAUCCUCGGGAGUCUCGAUGACUUCCAGUCUCUAACCGCAGCGUUGCUAACUUGCCGUCACAUCUAUAACUCGUUCAAUCAAAUCCAUGGAAUCGACGUUGCAAUUCUACGACAACAGAUAACACCAGCCCUGCUCCCUUACGCCGUGGGUGUCAUAGAGGCAUCUCGUUUCCGUCUUCACCACCCCCGCGAAAUCGAAAGCGAAGCAGUGCGCGACCUAUUCGACACUCUGUAUGAUAAACCGUCCCUUUUAGGUAGCCGCAUACAGGCAAUGUCAGUUGUCCAUCGACAAGAGAUGUCAAAAAGGCACCAAGCGAUUAUGGAAUUCACCUCCAGCUUUGCCGCUGAGUCUUGGGAACGCCUCCACUCAGACCAGCUCCAAGUUACCACACAACCAAAUUUGUCAGUUGAGGAACGUUACAACUUCUGCCGAGCGUUUUAUCGCCUCGAGCUAUUCUACACCCUCUUCAGGAAUAUGUACAAAGAUCGCAGAGAACCCUUGGGUAAUACAGCACACGUCAAGUUCUUUUCAAGGAACCCACCUUGGGAAAAUGAACAGAUCGGCUCUGUCGCAGAAUUUUGGGAAUCGAGGUUUGCCGCAGCCAGUACUGAUGUUAUCGCCCACGACGUCCUCUUUGGUGAACUAAACGUCGACUACCUUCAUUGUGGCAGGAUAAAUGACGAAAGACAAAUCUGGAUGGCAGAAGGAAUUCUUUUUCUCCGGCGUCUGGUGAAAUCGGAUUCUUCAUACCAAACCAGAAACAAGUUACUAAGAUCUAGCUCCAGGAUAGGCUGGGCCAACUGUCCAGGGGCACUGUUCGACGUACUUCGUGCCUACUGCAGUGACGACUCUGGAUCAGAAGGCCGCGAUGAAGGUGACUUGCUGUCGAUUGUGUUUAGUCGCGGCAUGGACGAAGAUGUCGACAAAGGACCGUGUGAGGCCUGGUAUGCAGCGCAUAAAAGUCAGCCGGUUGGUUCUUGGCUGAUGCUCGACCACAACGAUUGGCUUCGGGACCGGGCUUACGUGCUGUGGGACUGGAAACGCAUACAGCAACAUCAACUACUAAAGUUAUUCGAAUCUGUUCCGGAUGGACAGAUGCAUCGUCCACAGCCGACGACCGACGAACUUGAGGCCAUGAGUGCCUCCUUUGUCGUUCGCGAAACGAUAUUUGAGAAUGGGGGCCUUGGGUACUGGACGGGGAAUGGUCAUGAAGUGUUGUAG